AUGUUCCAGAAACCCUUCAGAGUCAAGUCCAAGACGGUCAUCCGUGGGUCCGAUAGGAGGAAACUUCGAGCAGAUGUAGGGAAGGCCCUCCCCUCCCUAACAGAAGACCAGCUACAGGAGCUGGUACCCACCAAGGAAGACAUGUCCACCAUGAAGAUUUACACACACUCCGGCAGGAACGUCACCGUCUACUGUCUGGGCAACAACCCUGUCUUCUUUGAGAUGGACAAAAAUGUCUUCCCUACAGUGUACAGCUUGUGGAGAGUACCUGACAUGUUACCCUGUCUCACCACCUGGCCUGAUGUACUCAAGAACCUCUGUGGAGGGGCAGACCUGAUGUUACCAGGGGUGAUACCAGGAGAGGAGGGGCUGCCUGUGAUUGAGAAGAACAGCCUAUGUGCCGUAUCACUGCUGGGGAACAGAGCCCCCAUUGCAGUAGGCAGGACCACGAUGUCAUCAUCUCAGAUGCAGGAGUGUGGAAUGAAGGGGAAGGGAGUCACUGUGCUGCACACGUACCUGGAUCAGCUCUGGGAACAUGGUGACCAGACCCCCCUCCCCACCAUGGCUACCCAGCAGUCCUGUCCUGAAGGUCAUGUGCCUGACCUUGACUCAGGAGAUGCAACAUCAGAGGAACAACUGCAAGGACAACUUGCUGCAGAAGCCUCAAGCACCACGGACACUGUACCUAUAGAAAAGCUGGUCUUAAAUGAUGACCUUGGUGAUGAAGGUGACCUUGAGAAAGUAAAUGACCUUGAUACAGAGACUACUGUAGGUGGAGUGAAGGAUGAUGGGAAUGAAUGUGGAGAGGAGGAAGGAGAGACAAGAGAUGAGGAGGAUGAGGUAUCUCCUGUCGACCAGAUGGACUCCCUCCUGUACCAGUGCUUCCUCCACGCACUGAAGACAAACGUCAAGAAGAUUGACCUUCCCCUCCUCACCAGUAAACUCCUUAGAGGUCACAUGCAGAUUUGUUGUCCAACUGAGAAGUCUCUUGAUCUGAAGAAGUCAAGUUAUAAAAAGCUGUCCAAGUUCCUCCAAGCCAUGCAGACCCAGGGGUUAAUCCAGGUCAAGGAGCUGUCCAAGGGUGUGGAGAGUGUGGUGGAGGUCAACAGGGGUCAUGAGGAACUGAAGAGUUUUGAAGUCCCUGAUGUUGAGCUGCCAGCUGUGGAGGUCAACGACCCCGGAACGGGCGCAGGUCCGACCUACCAGCCUCCGGAGGUCGUGGAGAUGUUCAGUGUCACGGGAAACCUGGCGCCGCUGUUUAGAACUGCAGGGAUCAGGAAAGGCCACGCCCUGUCCGGCCAGGAGGUUCGAGAGUUCCUGACUCAGUAUGUGAAGGAGAAUGAACUGGUGGAUCCCAACAACAAAAGGUUUAUAGUGGUCGACCCGUUACUGUGUGACGCCUUAAGACAGAAGGGGGAGAACCUGACGCAUCUUACCUGGGAGGAUCUCUUCACCAGAUGUUGUGAUAAGAUGUCCCCGUGUGCCCAGCUGAUCUUCCCUGGCCAGCCUCCCGUCCUGAAGAAGGGGAAACUGGAGCCGGUCGAUGUUCAAGUUCAACAGAGGUCCGGCAACAAGAAGGUGACUCUGAUCUACAACCUGGAGGGGUUUGGGAUCCGGCCGGACACCUUUGCGCACCUGUUACAGCUGCGUGUGCAGGCGAGCACAGCUGUGAACCCCGCUCCCAACAGGAAGGCAGGUGUGCAGGUGAUGGUGCAGGGGAACCAGGUGCAAACAGUCGCCAAACUGCUCAUAGACGAGAUGAAGCUACCAAAAAAGUUUGUGCAGGGUGUUGAGAAGGCAGCCAAGAAGAAGAGAUGACGACUCUGAACCUUCAUGUAGAGCUAGUGUAGGAGGAAUCAGCGCUGCUUCUUCUGUCAUGUCUGGUGGCACAAAAGGCCAUAUCAAAUGAAUUUGCUGGUCCUUGGAUAUACACAUUUGAAGUUCUUGGAAGUUCUGCCCCUUGGUACAUGCAGUCUACCUUAAACAAGAAACAAACCCAUCGUUAGACAGAACUGGCGCUAUUCAUAUCACCUAAUUUAUCUUUGCAGCACAGCUAAGAAAAGAACUCUACAACAGAAAGGAAAAGUCCGCUUUCGCUAGUGACCUUUUGUAUGUGGCAGAGACUGUCAUUGUUGUAUACAUGUAGGGCUGUUUAGCCAUGUCCAAAGCUGUUAAGGGCUGAUAUCAAUUAGCUACUUGCAUGAUUAUUACUGACCGAAGCAGGCCUUACAUAAUACAGCCAGUAGGUACCCAUCUGAGUAAUGAGGCUGUUGUAACAUGCUGGAGGAACCUCCUCCAACACAGGACCCACAUUUUAUAUACCCAACUAGUUCUUUGUAUGUUCGUCCGCAUUUUUGUAAGGUCUGUCGCUACCAGCCCUAGCUGCCUAGGCAGACCCAUGUAAUGACUUGUCUCAUCGUCAAUUAAGUCAAAGUCAAAGUCCAACCGAGAUGCCCUUCUCUGGACUCAACCCAGGAUCCCAGUUACCAACUUACUGGAACCAGGAACUCAACUGUGAAGCUACCACCGAUUGAGCUACAGGGACAUCCUUGUUAUGUCUUACUUCACAUUCAAUAGCCGGCAAAUCCGAUGGGUGAAGCCUAACAUUAACAAAAAUACCAUGUAACUUACAGCAGAGUUGAUAGUAACCAGACUUCAUAUUUAUGUUUUGUUCUGCAAUAUGUGGAAGAGUUGACGGACAAAAAGAAAACUACCAUAUGUCAUGAGUUGCAUAUCAUAAAUGUUUUCAAAUUAAAUAACUGUCAAAAGCUA